UUCUUAUAUCCGGCCGAUCUCUGGAGCUAAUAAAUUGACUUGUGUUCUCCUUUUUAGUUGUUUCGUUUUUGACUGAUUAGUACUGUGGGCUUGUGACAGAGAUGGCCAAGUCGAAGAAUCACACGGCGCACAAUCAGUCUGCCAAGGCGCAUAAGAACGGAAUCAAGAAGCCAAGGAGGCACCGUCACACCCCAACCAGAGGAAUGGAUCCUAAGUUUUUGAGGAACCAGAGGUAUGCAAGGAAGCACAACGUCAAGAAUGGCGAGAAUGCUAGUGUUGAAGAAUAGAGAUCUCUUGAUCGUCUUCUGAUUGACAUUUUGAGGUUCUUAUGAAAUUUAUGACUUUUUUCUUCUUAAGACAAAGGAACCAAUGUAAUAUCAGAGAUUGUUCAUUUCAGAUUCUCUUUUCUUGCGAGUUACUUGAUUUUGAUACAAUUAUUUCACUUGUUCGUUUAUGUUCAUGUAUACCUAGAAUCUGAAUACUGAACUGGAUUUAGGUUUGUCUAGCUAUGUGAUUUGGAAUAUUUUUAUU